CGGGAAACGCCAAUAGGCACAUUGCGCUUGCGCUUGGAGGGCCGGAAGUCAAGUCGGAGGCGGAGGUGGCUCUGCUUCCGUUUCUGGUUUUGCUCCAGUGUUUGGGUGUUCUUCGCGGCCGCCCAAGAUGAACCGAUUCUUCGGGAAAGCGAAACCCAAGGCUCCGCCGCCCAGCUUGACUGACUGCAUUGGCACGGUGGACAGCCGGGCAGAAUCCAUCGACAAGAAGAUUUCUCGGCUGGAUGCUGAACUAGUGAAAUAUAAGGAUCAGAUCAAGAAGAUGAGAGAGGGUCCUGCAAAGAAUAUGGUCAAGCAGAAAGCCUUGCGGGUUUUAAAGCAAAAGCGGAUGUAUGAGCAGCAGCGGGACAAUCUCGCCCAACAGUCAUUUAACAUGGAACAAGCCAAUUACACCAUCCAGUCAUUGAAGGACACCAAGACCACGGUUGAUGCUAUGAAACUGGGUGUAAAGGAAAUGAAGAAAGCAUACAAGCAAGUGAAAAUCGACCAGAUUGAGGAUCUACAAGACCAGCUAGAGGAUAUGAUGGAAGAUGCAAAUGAAAUCCAAGAAGCAUUGAGUCGUAGUUAUGGCACCCCAGAAUUAGAUGAAGAUGAUCUAGAAGCAGAACAGCAAAGCAGAUCAAGAAGCAGUAGUUGGCAAAUACUUACUGUGCACCUACUAUAUGCCAGGCACUGUAUUAGAUGCUGGGGGUUCAGCAUUGAAGAAAAUAAACACAAUCCCUGCAUUUGUGAAGCUUCUCCUCUAGCAGGGAGUUGGAUGCACUGGGCGACGAGCUUCUGGCUGAUGAAGACAGUUCAUAUUUGGAUGAAGCAGCAGCUGCACCUGCAAUUCCAGAAGGUGUUCCCACUGACACAAAGAAUAAGGAUGGAGUCCUGGUGGAUGAAUUUGGAUUGCCACAGAUCCCUGCUUCAUAGACUUGCAUCAUUCAAGUACAUCAUGUAAAAUAAACACAUAUUCUGGGACUAGGAAAUAUUUAUCUUCCCAAGUUUUCCAUAACAGAUUUAGGUUUAUUUCCUUUCUUUGGAGAAAAAGUUAAUUACAUUUUUUUUUUUUCCGUUAAGAGACUCAUUGCUUGAAGAAAGUUUUCUUCAUACUAAAUUUUUAUUCCUCUUCUCUUAUGAAAGACUAACUUACUUAAAAUUAUCACUGGAUAUGUAUGAGUUAAUUCCUUAAAAAUAAUUUUGAAAUAAAACCAAGGAAAUGGGAAUCUAAGUCCUAUGACAGCAUGUCUCCACAAUUUCAAAUUGACCUGAUAAAUUGAUGACAAAGAUGAGAUUAGUGGGACUGUCCAUAUUAUUCAAAACCAUUUUCUCUUGUGGUAUUAUAGGUUGGUUAAAGUGAUGGCCUCUUUUGGUGAGUUUUGUUGUGUCUAGUGAGUAAAUCAUUGCUGUGUCCAAUAUUGGAAUGGAAUGAUCACUACUGUAUCGUGGGUGGCUAUUUUGAUUCUGUGGUUCCUUCAGUAUUACAGUGGACUUGUAAUCAAUAAUGAAUAUUUCUUGAUAUUUAAUGUAUAGGACAUUUAUUUAUACUCAAUAAAUAUUUUUCAAAAGGA